CCUCAGAGUUUGGGACUCCCACGGGUCAGGUCCGCAGAACGUCCCUCGGCCUCCCCGUCCCACUCCGGCCAUCUCGGAGAGGAAUCCGCCUCCGAGCCCCGGGAGCACUCUUCCUCUGAGCGCCUUCUGGUCCCCCCAAAUCUGCCCCUCGCCUCCCCAUUCCCCCCUCGAUGCCGCGUUCGCUGCGCCGAUCCCAACUCACCGAUCGGAACCCGAGGUCCAGUCCCGAACCCGCAAGUCUUCCUUCCGAUUACAAGCCCUCCCGAAUAGUCCCCCAAAUCCGCCCUGGGCACGAGUGCGAGUCAAGGUCCGGGAAUCCAGAAUCCGGGAAGAGUGGGAGGAGGAGGCCGAGGGUGAGCCGGCUGCCCAGUGACUGUGGCCUGUUUGGGAAGCGCUGGAAGUUUUUAUCCGCCCCCUCCCUCCUGGCUGGGGUGGAGUCUGGGCGGAUUCCCGGCCCCCGGGAGCAGAAACGCCCAGGGCUGCCCCGCCGACUCAGCAGCCCGAGAGGGAGCGGGCAGGCUGGUGACGCAACCUUCACCUGGCACCCCGGGUCGAGGGCGGGGGGCGGGGGUCACUCCCCGCAUCCAGCCCCGGCUCCCCCUGCCCACUCAGACGCGCGUCGCUACGCGGAGGCUCGAGCCUUCCUCCCCAGGGUCCGCCACCGGCCCCGGCCUUCCCCGGCCGCCCUCUGCCCUUCUGCCCUUUUCCGUCCCCCGGCGCUGGCGCCGAGCGUAGCCAGGUCUCUCCAGCUCCCUGUUCCUGUCUAUUCCUGGCCGCUGCUGCUAUGGCCUCGUGUCUCCCUUUUGUGUCCGCCCAUCGGGGCACUGGAGAUCCCAGAAUCUGCCUCAGCCUGGAGGUGACCUUGUCCUGGGGAGGGGGGUGCAGAGGGGCUGUACUUCGCUCCCAGGGGCUGACGGGAGAACGAGAGCAGGAAUGCUUAAUAAACAACAAAGCCGAGGGGCCCAGGAACGACCCUGGGGCUGGACCCCAGAGUUCCCACUGGUAAGGUACCUUGGAGU